UUUCCAUUCUUAUUAUCUUCGCUCUCAAUCAAAAUAUCAAAACAGAAAUGAAAAAAAUCAUAUAUGGCAUAUGGAAUAUUUUUACUUCCUGGCUCUUUGUAUUCUUCAAGAACCUACUUAUAAACUAUGUUAUUGUCCCCAUCACAAAACAUUUCAUUUACCCCUUCACUUAUAGGAGCAACGUUGCGGAACUCGGAGUUUUGACCGAACAGUUGAACAACAGAACUCUCAGGUUGCAGGACUCCGUCGGUGUUGCCGAUGAUAAUGUCGAAGCUGUCUAUGAUAAUGUUAAAAUAAAUCUGUCCGAAUCCGAGAAAGCCAUCAAAGAGGCUCAGUUGGUGCUUGUCGAUGCCAAAGACGAAGCAGCCAAAUAUUUCCUCGGAUGGUUUCCGAAUUUCAAGACACGCUACGAUCUUAGCAAGAAGGCUGAGGAAAAAGCUUUCGCAAUCAAUCUGCUGAUUCGUCGGGAAGAGAGUGUCCUUACAAUUUCCCACCGUCCUCGACGUCAGCAGCAUGUCGGUCCGUCCGUUUUUUAUCUCGAAAAACUUGACUCGAGGUUGUCCAUUCGGAAGCAAGUUAUGGAUGCGCUAAAGGAUCCUAAUAUCAACAGGGUCGGAGUGUAUGGAAUGAGCGGUGUGGGGAAAUCCACACUAGCAAAGGAGGUUCACGGCCUCGCUUUAACAGAGAAGUGGUUCCACGAUUCGGUUCUCAUUGACGUAUCAGAAGGACCCGACCAUAUAGGAGAAAUUCAACAAAAUAUCGCCGAUGUCCUGGGAGUGAACUUCGCUGUGGAGGAUAGGCAUGUUCGAGCAAGACAUCUCUUUGACAGAAUCAAAGAUAAGAAGAUUCUUAUAAUUCUUUAUAAUAUCUGGCAAAAAAUUGAUUUACAUCAGAUAGGAAUACCGACCGGUACUUAUGGCAAAAGUUGUAAAAUACUGCUGACCUCAACGAACAAACGUGUACUAGAGAACGAGAUGGGCGCAGAAGAAGUAUUCAUGCUCCGAAUUCUAAAUGAUCAAGAGGCUCGCAAAAUGUUUGAAAACACUGUCCCUCGUGCUAAAGAUUCGGUGUUCAAUGUCAUCGCCUUUGAAAUCGUCAAAAACUGUUCAGGGCUUCCGUUGCUGAUUGAACUUGUCGCAGGGUACCUGAAGAAAUGUGAGGAGUUAGGCAUUUGGAAGGAGAAGCUGCUACAAUUAGUCAACUUCGAGGACAAAGAGAUAGAAUCGAAAGUGUGCGUCUCCUUAAAGUCGAGCUACAUGCGAAUGAGCGAAAAAAUCAAAUCAUUUAUCUUGCUUUGUGCUCUGAGUGAACAAUCCAACAUUCAGAUCCAGUACUUGCUGAGGUAUUCUGUCGGUCUGGGUUUGAUUGGGGAAAGUGAGCCUACUGAUACAACAACAAGUGUGCACCCUUCGUAUAACGCAAGUAUACAAUUUUUCAUCAAUGAACUUCAAAAUUGUUGCUUGUUAAUGAAGGGUGACACAGAUGGAUAUGUCAAAAUGCACGACAUUGUUCGGAAAGCUACUCUCUCUAUCGCACGUAAUGAGAAACUUGCUUUUACCAAACAAAGUGGUGCUAGAUUGACGAGAUUGCCGGACAGUGACUACACUAAAAUAUUUUUGUCAUUUUUGAAUCUUCAAGAAUUGACUGGUCAGUUUGAGUUAGAAGAUUUCAUAUUUAAAUGCCCAAAUGCAGAUCUGUUGUUGCUGCUCACUGAAGAUAUUUCUUUGAAAGUCUCCGAGAAAUUUUUCGAUGGAAUUAAAGAGCUCAAAGUGUUGAAUUUCACAGGAAUGCGUUUCGGGUGUCUUCCUUCAUCCAUCAUACUCCUGAAAAACCUGCAAACUUUGUGUUUAGAUCGUUGCCAAUUGGAUAACUUAUCUCCCAUUGGAGAUCUUAAGCAACUAAAGGUCCUGAGUUUCGUUGACGCUGAUAUAGUCGAGCUGCCCGAGAAACUAGAAGAAUUGACUCAGCUAAAGAUACUCGAUUUGACUAAUUGCUUCAAGCUGAAGGUUAUUUCUGCUGGUGUCCUCUCAAACCUUACUACAUUAGAAGAGUUGUAUAUGAGCAACAGCUUUGUAGAGUGGGAGACCGAAGGUAAUGCAAGCCUUAAAGAAUUCAAGCAUUUGUCUCGCCUGACAACUCUGGAAAUAAAAGUUCCGAACUCCGACAUGAUGCCAAAGUCUUUGUUCUUCAGUUUCAGAAGGUUUGAAAACUACAAGAUAAUCGUAGGAGAUGUACGCGGGUGGAACGUGAAUAAUGAAUCCUCGAGAAUGUUGAAGCUCAAGUUCAAUAGAAGCACUCGUUUAGAGCCAUGGGUACGAAAGUUUUUAAGGGAAACUGAUGAUCUAUGUCUAGAUGAAGUAAAUGAAAAUGUGCUGUAUGAUUCUGACAGGGAUGGUCCUUGGCAAAUGAAGCAUCUUCAUGUCCAGAAUAAUGGUAUGAUUCAACAUAUUGUUAAUUCAACAAAUUUGCCUCAAUGCCCGGCAUUUCCCAUUCUACAGUCGUUGUUUUUGGAUAAUCUAAUAAGCUUGAAGAAUCUUUAUAAUGGCUCCUUUGUAGAGGAGUCUUUCAGCACAUUGAAAGGUUUAGAAGUCAGAAAUUGUGAGAAAUUGGAAACUCUGUUUUUGUUGUUCCGCGAUAAUCAGGACGACAUUGUUAAAGUUGAGUUGAACGAGUUAUGCUCCUUGAUGCUGGUCAAUCUACCACUGCUUCGAAGCUUUUGCAACGAAAGGGAGGCGCCACUAGAAUCUUCUCCGAGAGACGAGCAAUUGACAAACGAUAAUCCAACAGUUCCUGAAGAUGUAUCAUUAAACAAUGAGCCAAGGUCACAUUUCAACGAGCUGGCGGAUCUAUGGACUAAGGCGACAUUAUGGUUAUCCGCUAAGCUCCCAAUACUGUUCAGAAGCCUUUUCAACACAAGGGAGGUCCCAUCAGAAUGUUCUCCAAGACACGAGCAAGAAUUAGCGGAUAAUUCAACAAGUCAAGAUGGCGCGUCCUCAUAGGGUGAGCCGUUAUCAAUAUUCAACGAACUGGUCUCUCUUUCUAAAUUAGAGAAUCUUACAAUAAGUUCUCUGUCUUGCAAAAAGAUAUGACCACCUUUCUAUAACAUCUUUAAAUUUAACAA